AUGCACAACACAUAUCCCAAACAUAACCUAUAUACCCUGCAAUAUCAAUUCUUUUGCAUCAUUGCGACAUUCUUCAAUCUGAUAACCAUCCCACCCAUCCAUUACUCUCCCACAUCUCUUCAGAAGCCAUACCAGAUAACCACAAUGCCCCACGCUGAUUCAUCCUACUUUGGCGAAAACGCCUCCAAAUCCGACAUCUACACGCAGGUCCUCGAACAGGCGCAGGGUCUUGUAUAUGGACAGCGUAACUGGGUAUGCAGUAACUUCUCCAACGUCGCCUCCCUCCUCUGGCACGCCUACGCCGCCCUCCCCAGCCCCUCCUCCUCCGUAAACUGGGCCGGCUUCUACAUCCGCCAAGACAAGUUCCCCAAUGCCCAAACUACCGAGAAACAAAACCAGAACCAGAAGCAGGUCCUCUGGCUAGGACCUUUCCAGGGCCGGCCUGCGUGUCAGGAGAUUCGGUUCGGGAAGGGCGUGUGCGGCACUGCAGCGGAGAAGCGGGAGACGGUCCUUGUCGGGGAUGUGUUGAGUUUCCCUGGUCAUAUUGCUUGUGAUGCGAGUUCGAGGAGUGAGAUUGUUGUGCCGAUUCUUGUGGGUGGGGAGACGGUUGCUAUUAUUGAUAUUGAUUGUACGGAACCGGAUGGGUUUGAUGAGGUUGACAGGAAGUAUUUGGAGGACUUGGCUAAGCUUUUGGCGGAGGCUUGUGAUUGGUAG